AUGGAUUUGCUUACACUGUGUUGUCUGAUAUUGACUGUUGGGUGCGCCGUUAGCGGUAAAACAAUAGCUAGUGUUGAAGUUAAUGAUGAAAACGCAGACUCGUAUGAAUCGCUCAAUGCAGUGCUUAAUAAACUUGAUCAAUAUGAGAGGAGGAUUGAAGCAUUAGAACGUGAAAGGGUUUCCGGGCAAGCAGCACGCGCACCUGCAGAUUACAACAACCAUCAGAGACAGGCGAUAUAUCAAGAUGCCAUACACAAGCUGCAAAAGAGAGCAGAUAGUCUCCCCCGUAUCCAAGCCUUCUCCGCCGCUCUGAGCCACGAAAAACUAACGAAUCUUCACUCCGGGUCUACAAUUAUCUACAACACCGCCCUAACCAACGAAGGCGGUGUCUAUAGCAACACAACGGGCAUCUUCACCGCCGCCGUCAGCGGAAUAUACGUGUUUCACUUUACCACGAUGGUGGAACCAUACACUGUGGAAUCUGUCGAGUUGGUUCGUGACGGCCAUAACCUGGCGAGAAGUUACGUGACAGCUAUGGGAGAGUCGCGGACGGUGUCAGCCAGCGCGCUCGUGGUGAAGGAGAUCCGCCAGGGCGAACAAGUUUGGGUGCGCACGUUUACAUCAAGCCAACAUGGCACCGGCGUAGUCCAUGGCAACGGAUAUACGACAUUUUCUGGCUGGAUAAUCGCUUACACAUUAAACAAAUAA